AGAUAGGACUGGUAUAGCUUCUUUACGGCAGUCAGAUUCUUCGAACCGCGGAGAACCUCUAUGCUCUUUUCAUAUUCGUAAUAUUGCGUCAUGGAGCUUAAUCCGAGGGUCGGAAUAAUAUUUACCCCACGUACCUAGACUUCAACGACACCACAUGCGCCGAUAAUAAUAUGUGCACCAACACGCCAACGGCUAUAUUAUCGCGACGCUAUAAAUCCAUCAAACUUGUAAGAUAUCUUCAUACCAAUAGCCAAUCUACUUCAUCAACCCAACUCUGCUUCGCAACGAGAACUCAACUUUCAACAACCACUCACCUCACCCCACCUCGGUAUCUAUCCCGCCAGAUCACCACCAUGCCUCCUGUACCCAAAGGACCGAUCAAGCUCGCUAUCUUGGAUGACUAUCAGGGUAUAGCACCCAAACAUUUCGAGUCUCUCAAGCCCACCUUUGAGAUCACAACUUUCCAAGACACACUCCCCGCAUUCAACAACCCCACAACUCCAGAAUCCACUAAACAAGAACUUAUCACGCGUCUCAAACCCUUCACCGUCAUCUCGUCCAUGCGAGAACGUACGCCCUUCCCAGCUGACCUCCUCAAGUCUCUCCCAAAUCUGAAGCUUCUUCUCACCACUGGUGGCCGGAAUGCGGCAAUCGACAUGGCUGCCGCAAAAGCUCUCGGCAUUCCAGUCACGGGAGCGGGAGAAGCAGGGCGAACGCCAUCUGCUGCUGUGGAUCGCAAGAAGCGACGAGGGCCGGAUAGUACGACACAACAUUGUGUUGCGUUGAUUCUGGGUAUUGCGAGGCUUUUGGCGAGUGAUGAUAGGAAUGUGAAGAACGGCUUGUGGGAGACUGAUUUUGCGACGGGGUUGAGCGGAAAAACGUUUUCGACUCUUGGAUUGGGCAAAUUAGGUGGAAAUGUGGCAAAGAUUAUGUAUCAGUCUUUCGGAAUGAGGAUUCUUGCUUGGAGCUCAAGCUUGACGCAAGAGGCGGCUGAUGAGAAGGCGAAGGCAUUGGGCUUGCCGGUUGAGGAGGAUGGGGAGAAAGUGUUCAAGGUUGUCAGUAAGGAGGAGUUAUUUAAAGAGGCGGAUGUGUUGAGUGUGCAUUAUGUGCUGAGUGAUCGGUCGCGAGGUAUUGUUGGGGCUGAAGAUUUGAAGUUUUUGAAAAAGAAUGCACUGUUUGUAAACACUUCGAGAGGACCGUUAGUGGAUGAGGAUGCUUUGCUGCAAGUUCUGGACAAAGGAGCGAUUCGAGGUGCAGCUGUUGACGUCUUUGCUGUUGAGCCUCUGCCCCUGGACUCGAAAUGGAGGACCACAAAAUGGGGCACGGAUGGAAGAAGUAAUGUGUUGUUGACACCACAUAUGGGAUAUGUGGAGGAGGGAACGAUGAACAGCUGGUACGAAGAGCAAGUACAGAUUGUGGACAGAUGGCACAAAGGCCAGGAUCUCCUGAACGUGAUCAAUGCGUAGCGUGUCAAUGUGCUGCAACGCAAUUAGUCCUUUUGAAUCAUGUUUGAUUUUGCCUUCCUCGCGUUUCCUUUUCUAUCCAUAUUUGCCGUGCGUAUCGAACGACUGUUUUUGAAGCUUCAGUCGCUGAACGUGCAGGAAAGAAAGAUCUUCAAGCACGAUAAGAAUAGUUAAGUGACCGAGGCUGUAGAUUGUUCGUCCCAUGAGGCGAUUCACCUGGUCAAGUCAUGAGUACCUAGUAUUCACCAGUGCAUGAGAUCCCUCUCUCUCUUUUCAGCUAGAAAGUUGCGAUCAGAGCCUUGUCUCGCCCCUCUUCCUCCAAACAAACCCACUCCAGAGUCCCACAUCGACAAUCACUGCUCAGACACACGCAGGGAGUGCAAACAGCCGGAAUCCAGGCAUCACGGAUAUCGAACGAACUGCAUCAUACUUCAAUAUUCUCAUGGUCGAGAGAUAUUACAGAUCAAUCAACAACCUCUUCGUACAUAUCCAAGAGAAUGCUGCAUUGCGAUGCCAAGACAUCGAACAAACGGAUGAGAUGACUGCGACUCUUGUCCGUUUCCUUCUCAAGGCGUAUAAUCAGGUCUCUGUCGGAGGAGAGCAGAGAGUGUGGAACAUACUUGAAGGCAUUGUCUGGGACUUAGCACAUAUGAAGCUGCUCGGUGUCAUGCGGCUCUCCACGAUCUCUACCAGCAUAUACAACGAAAUUCUGCGAAUGGACUCAACGACGUUUAUCAAAGCGAUGCGCUUACGUCGAAGCUGAUUCAAAGUUUCUUGACCGCGUAUGAGCAAAUUUGACCUGGUGGCGAGUCAAGAGUAUGGAACAUGCUUCAAAGCAACGCCUCACUUUCAAGUUUCAACAGUUCAAGAAAUAGCUCACUACAGUUUGUCUUCUAAGGAGAAGAAGUCCACAAUAGCCUACCUAGUCCCCUGAAAUCUUGUGAUAUUAGUAAACGAAGAAAGCUCUAGACUCGAGAGGUUGCGAUAUCACAGCAAGGUUCAACGCAUUGGUUAAAUGUGAUGUGAUUGUUGGUUUCAAAACAUGAGAUAUUUCUAGCGAAGUAAAACUUUUUCUGCUAGUCAUGCAGUCAUUUUGGUCGCGUAAGUGGUCAUGGCUACCCAAUAUCCUAACUUCAGCAGAAGCUAAGUUCUAACACCCCCCACAGCGCUAUACAAAUACAAAGCUGACAACUCUAGGCGUCAUGCAGUACACUUCAUGACUUCAGCCAGCUAACUUCUCCAGUAGUAACUCGGAUUGGUCAUCGACCUUUAUAUAAGUAUUGCAAAUUGAAGACAAGUCCGUCUAUCUUCACGGAUGUUGCGGGAUGCGAUCGGAGAACCUUCAGCUGGGGAAACCUGGCUGAAGCUCGCUGUCUUGUGAAGUCGGUUCGAUUAAAGCACGAAUACGACCCGAGAGGCACCUUCUCGGGUUCCUGGCGUGGACGGGAACAUCUGGCUCACGCUUGGAGGAGGGGUACUUUCUCUCGGGGAACCCUGGAAGGAACACGCUUUCUACAAAAUCCGAGAUAUCGGGGCUUUCACUUUUGCUUUUUGAACAAAACAAGUGUUCGGAUUCUUUUUGACCCUUUCUUUACAUUAAGUAACCUGUCAAGCGGUAAUUGAAAUAUAACAA